UUCUUCUACAAUUAAGUGUUUUUCAAAUAUGGGCUGCUUCUUCUCUAAUCUAUCUCUAUCACAAUCACAAUCAUAGUGAAUUUGAUAUCCAGCUACCCAACAUAAUUAAUUUUCUCCUAAUAAAAAUCCCCUCCAAUGGCUAUCAGAGAAAUUCAUGGUUUCUUGCCCUUCUCACCUUCCUCUUUGCUGCCCUUUCUGCCAGCAUUGUUCUCCACUCCUUUGUUCACCAAGAGUUUGAAGAUAUUGAAGAGUUGGGUAUCUCUGAAAUGGCCAGUUUAAGAAUCCCAUUAUCUUUUAUUGUGUGCAUUUACUGGUCUUUGUUGUUUACUGGGGUAGACAGCCAAGUUACUGAUCCUAAUGAAGUGGAAGCGUUGCUUUCCAUCAAGAAAAGUUUAGUUGAUCCAUACGACAACCUCAGAAACUGGAGUAGAGGAGAUCCAUGCACUUCAAACUGGACCGGGGUGUUAUGCUAUAAUUCAACUAAGAAGGAUAAUUAUCUUCAUGUUCAAGAACUACAACUACUACAAAGGAACCUGUCUGGAACUUUAUCACCUGAGCUUGGGCGCUUAUCUUAUAUGGAGAUAUUAGAUGUGAUGUGGAACCAAAUUGGUGGGAGUAUACCGAACGAGAUAGGGAAUAUUACGUCACUCAAGUUACUGCUUCUGAAUGGAAAUAAUCUGACAGGUCCCUUGCCUGAAGAGAUCGGCUAUCUUCCUAACUUGGACAGGAUACAGAUUGACCAGAACCACAUAUCUGGGCCCUUACCUAAAAGCUUUGCAAAUUUAAACCGAACAAAACACUUCCACAUGAAUAACAAUUCAAUAAGUGGACAAAUCCCGCCUGAACUUUCUAGACUUCCGAUGCUUGUUCACUUGUUGCUCGAUAAUAACAACUUAUCAGGAUACAUUCCACCAGAACUAGCUAAAAUUCCAAACUUGCUCAUAGUCCAACUAGACAAUAACCACUUUGAAGGGCAGAUACCUGAUUCCUUUGGAAAGAUACCUCAUUUGUUGAAGUUGAGUCUCAAGAACUGCAGCUUGCGGGGACCAAUACCUGAUCUGAGCAAUAUUGAAAACCUCACGUAUAUAGAUCUCAGCUUUAACCAGCUUACAGGGAAGAUACCAACAAACAAGCUCUCAAAGAAUAUCACAACCAUUGAUCUAUCGCACAACAAUCUGAAUGGAAGUAUUCCGACAAACUUUUCCAGACUUCCUCGUUUGGAACGAUUGUCACUUGAAAACAACUCUUUGACAGGUUCUGUACCAUCCAUUAUUUGGCAAAACAGGAAACUCAAUGGAACCGAGAAACUUAUCUUGGAUUUUCAGAACAAUAUGCUUUCAAAUAUAUCGGGAAGUCAAAUUAUCCUCCCAAAGAAUGUCACUGUCAGACUCCAUGGAAAUCCCUUGUGUAGAAAUGAAAACUUUAUUGAUGUCUGUGGCCCCACUGGUGAAGAUUCUGAUGACAACUUGAACUCGAACUCGAAGAACUCCACUACCUGUUCCCUCCAGACGUGUCCCCCUCCCUAUGAAUCUGCCCCGGCUGCUAAUAAUUGCUUCUGCGCUCUACCUCUGCUUGUUGAGUAUAGAUUAAAGAGCCCUGGAUUCCAAGAUUUCCGGCCACACCAGAUAGAGUUUGAGCAGUACCUGACCUCUGGUCUGGUGCUGAAUUUUCCACAGCUAGAUAUUGAUGAAUUUACAAUUCAACCAGGCCCUCGGGUAAAAAUGAGCUUGAAGUUUUUCCCAACCUAUAAUGGCAGUAGUAGCAGCGAUCACGAAUUCAAUAGGAGUGAACUCUUUCGAAUAAUGAGCAUGUUCACUGGAUGGUUGAUACCUGAUAAUGAUCUUUUUGGACCUUAUGAACUUCUUGGCUUUAACCUACUGGGUAAUUAUAAAGAAUAUAUGCCUGCCUCUUCGUCCUCUGGUCUAAGCAAGGGAGCACUGGCUGGCAUCAUAGUAGGAACAAUUGCGGGUGUACUUAUAAUGUCUACAUGUGUGUCACUCCUCAUCUUGAAAUUGCUUGCCCGAAAGUACCAUCCAGGUUCAAAAAAGCGUCGAACUUCAAUCUCUGUCAAAAUUGAUGGUGUAAGAGACUUCACUUUUGAAGAAAUGGCACUAGCAACACAAAACUUUGACAACUCUAGCCUUGUUGGACGUGGAGGUUAUGGGAAAGUUUACAAAGGUAUUUUAGCCGAUGGAACAGUUGUAGCCAUCAAGCGUGCUCAAGAGGGAUCCUUGCAGGGUGAAAAGGAGUUUCUUACGGAAAUUGAACUAUUAUCUAGGUUACAUCACAGAAACCUGGUGUCUUUAAUUGGAUACUGUGGUGAAGAAGGUGAUCAGAUGCUCGUUUAUGAAUUCAUGUCUAAUGGUACUUUGAGAGAUCACCUAUCUGGUAAAUCUAAAGAACCUCUCGACUUUGCUAUGCGGUUGAGAAUUGCACUUGGUUCUGCAAAGGGAAUUCUAUAUUUGCAUACCGAAGCUGAUCCCCCUAUAUUCCAUAGAGACAUCAAGGCAAGCAACAUACUAUUAGAUACAAAACUUACUGCUAAAGUUGCUGAUUUUGGGCUUUCAAGGCUUGCUCCUGUUCCUGAUCUUGAAGGGGUUUUACCUGCUCAUGUAUCGACUGUUGUUAAGGGUACUCCGGGAUACCUUGACCCUGAGUAUUUCUUAACACACAAACUCACCGAUAAAAGUGAUGUUUACAGCCUUGGUGUCGUAUUUCUUGAGAUUUUGACUGGAAAGCACCCCAUUUCACAUGGCAAAAACAUUGUUAGGGAGGUCAAUAAUGCAUAUCGUGAUGGCGGGAUAUUGUCUGUCAUUGACGAACAAAUGGGAUCUUAUCCAGUUGAAUGCGUGGAGAAAUUUGCUACUCUUGCUCUCAAAUGUUGUCAAGACGAGACAGAUGCCCGGCCUUCAAUGAUAGAAGUGGUUCGGGAACUUGAAGAGAUAUGGUAUAUGAUGCCAAACUCCGACAACAAAAUUACAGACUCCAAAUUGAGCAUGAUUGAUCCUCACAAGACAGACACUUCUUCUUCAUCGUUGCCUAUGAAACAUCCAUACGCUUCAACUGACAUCUCUGGCAGUGACCUUAUCAGUGGUGGAAUACUUCCUAACAUCGCUCCUAGGUAGAUCAUACUUCACAACUUUCCCAUUAUAAAUAAAUAUAAGAAAAUGUUAAGAUCUUAUACAACCAGACAUGUUUAAAUUCAUGCAUUUGGUAUGUCUGGCUCUGUAAAUAGCAAAGACAUUUUCAUAAACAAAUUCAGUGUGUUUACGCUAUCCCUAUAUUUUGAAAGAAUAUUGUUUAAUAUAACCUA